AAGAGAAGAAAUUCUAAAAAUCUAAAUAGAAAAAUGAAUUCCUAUUAUCAUGUAGUUUUGGGUUGAACAGUAGAUUCAUUCAACAAUGGACAACUACCAUGUGCUGGAUAUUAUUGGUGAAGGUUCAUUUGGAAAAGUCUAUAAGGGAAGAAAAAAGUUCAGUGGUCAGAUUGUGGCUUUGAAGUUUAUUCCCAAAGUAGGAAAAUCUGAAAAAGAACUUCGUAGUUUGCGGCGUGAGAUUGAGAUAAUGCGAGGUUUGCACCAUGACAACAUCAUCGAAAUGUUGGACAGUUUUGAAACUGACAAAGAAGUUGCUGUAGUUACUGACUAUGCAGAGGGUGAAUUGUUUCAGAUUUUAGAAGAUGAUGGCAAUCUUCCAGAAGAACAGGUUCAGACGAUCGCCUGUCAGUUGGUUUCAGCCUUGUUUUAUCUACACUCACACCGAAUCCUACACAGGGACAUGAAGCCACAGAACAUUCUUUUAGGGAAGGAUGGAGUGGUCAAGCUUUGUGACUUCGGCUUCGCAAGAGCCAUGAGUUUUAAUACGCUCGUUCUCACAUCAAUUAAGGGAACUCCAUUGUAUAUGUCUCCAGAGUUGGUUGAAGAAAAGCCAUAUGACCACACAGCAGACUUAUGGGCUCUGGGCUGUAUAUUGUAUGAACUCUUCACUGGAACCCCUCCGUUCUUCACAACCAGUAUCUUCCAGUUAGUAAAUAUGAUAAUCAAGGACCCAGUUAAAUGGCCAAAAAACAUGAGUGUGCACUUCAAAGAUUUCUUGCAAGGUCUUCUGAACAAGAACCCAAAAGGCCGACUGUCCUGGCCUGACUUGCUGCACCAUCCAUUUGUGACAGAUGAUGUGAAAGUUUCCGAGGAAGAUACGCUGCUUCAGAGUCCGUUCACACAGCCACUCACUGCAUCCAUGAUGAUGCUGAAGGAAAAACAAGCUAAAGAGAAAGCUCAUCUUCCAGGAACAUCAAAAAUUUUAGCCAAAGCUAGGAAGAAAGCACUCGAGGAUGAAGGAAAAAAGAAGCCAGCAAAACCUCAAGCUUGGGCAGGAGAGAAAGAAGCACAGCCUGAAUCAGUUAUUCCAGUUCAUUCUGAUCGUCCACAUUCACAGGAGUGGGAUGGGAAUGCAACCAGCAAGGUCCCAUCCAGUGGAGAGACUAUUGAGCCAACACCUCGAUCUGAUCGCAUCAGUAAGGAUUACCACAAAGAAUAUCCUAGCAUCGAAAUUGAAGGUCGACGAACAAUUCGCAAGAAUCCGCCACCUGUUAAGAAAAACAUGGAGAAUGUUAAACUUGAUGGGGAGGACAUUGACAGUGAGGAUGAGUGGCAGUCAUUGAUGGAAGCUACAGAUCAAGAGAACGACCCCGAGGCAAUGUUACAGUUGUUUGAUGAUGACAAGUUUCUCGCCAAGUUGAACUCUCGAAUCCAGACCAGCAUGUCCCAGGUCCUCGACGGUAUGUUAGAGGGAGCCUCGCGUCUGCGCACUGUUCUACGGGUCAUCACAAAUCUCGUAACCAUUAAGUGUGAGGUAUUCAAAAUAAUUACGUUUGUCAAAGCCAUUUCCUUACCAAGCAGAGUUCAGAAUACACUGUCUGAGAUUUUAGAGAAAUCCAAAGUGAAGCAGCAACCCUGGUGCCAACAGAUUCUGAUAGACUUGGUUAUCGCCAUCAAUGCAUAUUUUGCCAGUGAAAUAGGUUGGAGUGAACGAAUAGACCAACCGAUUGUUGACGAGUUUUAUAAUGCAACUCAAAGGUUUCUGAGUUUAGUUCCCAAACUGAUGUAUCAACAAGUAGAUGAGGACCUCAGACUGAGAGAACAAACAACUCUGUGUUUGGUGUACCUCAGUGACACGAUGGACCGGGAUUCGCUCAAACUGGCUCAACAGUAUUUCAGUGCCUUUGUCUCUAAACACACAGCAGUUUUAGAUGCUCUUCUACAGGGCACCCAGCCCGACCCGGCAAGCUUGAUACGUCUUAAAGAACUGGCCGAGGGUGAUGUUGACAUGGCCUCGGAGCGGUAUGAGAACAUGCUCACAAUAUGUGCUGGUUGUCUGUCCUCUCUCCUGUUCGUACCGCUCGGAUCAAACAAUGGCACUGAUGGGAAGAGGAAAACUGCCCAAUACUUGGGUGAAAAGAUGGCUUCCAAGGGUCAGGAACAGAGUACUAACGACUUCCUUUUGUUGCUCAGACACCCGUCGGCUUGCAGUGCGGUUCUCAGGGUGACAUAUUCUUGUUGUCAAGUUUCAUCCAGCUUCUGUUCAUUCCUCUCCGACAAUCUCAGUCAUCUGGAGUCCCUGAUUGGUAUUCUCAUGGGCAAGGUUUCUAUAGCAGACAUGGAGGUGAACACAGUAACCGAGAUGGUUCUUCACAUCUUCAGCACAAUUAUCAUCCAGCUGCAGAAAAUACCCAUUAUUUUGAAUGAAGCAGCAGGCAUGAUGGUUUCCUUUUUCCUUGACUCCACGAUCGCCAGUCACACGGCUGCAGCUGCCUUGCUCUUCAGCCAGAUGGUGUACUGUGGUGUGGCGGUCGAGGUCCAGCCAGAGGAGAUGUUACAGGCGUGUUUAGCGGUCUUCACCGACCUUGCUGAGAUAUGUGUUCGCUGUCCAUUUGACUAUGGCGUGCUUGAUGGCUUGUUGCUACUACUUUGUGAACUACUAGCUCAGGCCGAUGUUCCUGUGGCCCAGCUGUACAUUGAGAGUGGUAUCUGGAACGCUCUAUGGCACCGUGUGGCCCAGGCCCUGCACGUGACGGACGUCGCGUCCAACAUGCCCAUCCACGACAUGGAGACGGAGGGGGAGGUGGUCACCAGCUUCUCCCCGCCCGACUGGAACCUCGUGUCUCCACAGGGACUGAUGGCCGUGCUCCAGAUGGCCGUGUCAGUGUUUGCUAAAGAAACGUAUCAGUGUAUUCCCAAUCUAGCUGCUGCAGACAGUGUCGUCAUGCUGACCAUGGUCCACGUCCUGCACAAGCAGUUUCUCCAGACGGUCAUUGACGGUUUCAGAGAUGAUGGCAUGCAGUUAAUUAUUGACAUGAUCUUGGAGAUUACUCAGCUCUGCUGUUUUCCAUUUGCUGUGGAUGCCAAUGAGGAACUGUUGAUGGAAAUACAACACUGCCUGUAUACCACCAAUCUUCUGCCGCGGCUGGUGUUUGCCUGCUCCAAGUAUCUGACGAAGGAACACCUAGAGACGCCCAUGGGUCUGGUAGCCAGACUGGUUCUGGGAAACAGGAUCUUUGUGAAGCAGUUCGCAGCAACCAUGGAUGAAAUAAAGGGUGUGACUUUCCUGUCGGAAGCAAUAAAAGAUGACAAUCCAUUGUCAGUUGUGUGUGAUACUAUCUCGGUUUGCAGUCAUUUAGUACGGACCUCACCAGAACAUCUCACUCUUGUGAAGGCUGUCUUCAGAGGAAACAAAGGUGAUUUUGAACCACUGUCACGACUAAUAAGUCACAAGUCGGAAGCAGUGAAAUCUCGAACAUGCAGUCUGCUGGGAAAUCUGAUGAAACAUGAUGGACAGUUCUACCCUGUUCUUAAACAAAGGGAAAAGAUUUUCAGUGCACUUAUAUCAUGCUUAAAAGAUGAAGAUUCUAAUGUUAGAAAGGGUUCUAGUUACGCAGUCGGCAAUGCCAGUUACCACAACAGUGAGUUGUACAUCAAGUUGAAAUCUGCCAUUCCUCACUUGGUCGACCUCCUCCGUGACCCGGUCACGAAAACCAGGGCCAAUGCAGCCAGUGCGUGUGGUAAUCUGGGAAUGCAUUCCAACACCUUGUGUGCAGACAUCAAAAAGGCGAAGGUCAUACAGCACCUGAUUGAUAUUGUGCACAUUGAAACGCAAUCAAGUGUUCAAGUGAAUGCUCUGUUAGCUCUACGCAGCCUUGCACAGCAGGAAGAACUCAGAAAAGAAAUGGUGUCGUCCGAUGCUGUGAACAAGUUAUCUGCGAUGGCCGAGGCUGGCACACCUCGCCCUCCGAGUACCGCAUCCCGUCCGUCCUCCCAGCUGUCACGACCCGACAGCGCACUCAGCAACCCAGGGGAGGCAACCGUCCUGUCCCACUGCAGCAAGCUCAUUCGCGUCUUACAGACUUAGUCACGGUCCACCGUCUUGUCCCACUGCAGCAAACUCAUUCACGUCUUACAGUCUUAGUCACGGUCCACCGCCCUGUCUCACUGCAGCAAGCUCAUCUGUGACUUAACAGACUUAGUCACGGUCCACCGUCUUGUCCCACUGCAGCAAACUCAUUCACGUCUUACAGACUUAGUCACGGUCCACCGCCCUGUCUCACUGCAGCAAGCUCAUCUGUGACUUAACAGACUUAGUCACGGUCCACCGUCUUGUCCCACUGCAGCAAACUCAUUCACGUCUUACAGACUUAGUCACGGUCCACUGCCCUGUCUCACUGCAGCAAGCUCAUCUGUGACUUAACAGACUUAGUCACGGUCCACCGUCUUGUCCCACUGCAGCAAACUCAUUCACGUCUUACAGACUUAGUCACGGUCCACUGCCCUGUCUCACUGCAGCAAGCUCAUCUGUGACUUAACAGACUUAGUCACGGUCCACCGUCUUGUCCCACUGCAGCAAACUCAUUCACGUCUUACAGACUUAGUCACGGUCCACCGCCCUGUCUGACUGCAGCAAGCUCAUCUGUGACUUAACAGACUUAGUCACGGUCCACCGUCUUGUCCCACUGCAGCAAACUCAUUCACGUCUUACAGACUUAGUCACGGUCCACUGCCCUGUCUCACUGCAGCAAGCUCAUCUGUGACUUAACAGACUUAGUCACGGUCCACCGUCUUGUCCCACUGCAGCAAACUCAUUCACGUCUUACAGACUUAGUCACGGUCCACUGCCCUGUCUCACUGCAGCAAGCUCAUCUGUGACUUAACAGACUUAGUCACGGUCCACCGUCUUGUCCCACUGCAGCAAACUCAUUCACGUCUUACAGACUUAGUCACGGUCCACCGCCCUGUCUCACUGCAGCAAGCUCAUCUGUGACUUAACAGACUUAGUCAUGGUCCACGAAUAGCAACACUCCAUGUCAUUCAUUUCAACUUCAUAUUCAUGCUUACCGUAAUUUCCUUCAUAUUGCCUGCAGUCUAUACAUUUUAAAGGUACUCCCUACAGACUAUCUGACUGUGCAGGCUAUGUGACCAUCUCUGUUUCUCAGGACUGAAAGAUAAGUGGGCAUUAAAAAAAAUUAAACAAAUUUUCGAUGUCAGAGAUUAAGCCCAUGAUAGGUGUGCUUGAAACCUUCGUGGUAAUGUGGCACGUAUAAAGAGUUCUCACUCACUCACUCGGACAGACUGUAUAAUAAAAGAACAUCAAGUAAACAAUGAUACAUCAAUAUUUAUUUUUAAAACUCCAGUAUUUGAAUGCAGUCAGCUUACCCAGUACAGUGUUCAUGGUGGUAAUGUGACCAGUUGUCUUUCAUACAGACAGUCCAUGGACUAUACUAUCCACUGGAGUGGGCUAUCUGACAAUCAUUUAUCUGCUUUCAUUUUGUAAAAAAAAAAAAAAUCAUAGCUAGUUGUGGGCUAUCUGCCGUAGUGUAGCGGUCAGUAGGCACUGACGGAUCGGGUACAAACUCUAUAUCAGAUUUUGGUUACAAUAGCAAAGAUUAAUGUGAUUAAAAAAAGGCUCACAAGUGUGUGUGUGUGCGUGUGUGUGGGUGGGGGGGGGGGGGCAUGUGCCCCCCAGGCCCCCCUGGUUCCUUUGGGCCUGCAGAAGACUUUUGCUCAUAAACAUCUUCUGUUUGAUUGCGUGAUAUAUACAGUACCUAUUAUUUGCUGAAGGAAGCUUGGCCAGUGGGCAUUAGAAAGUGCUAGUGGAACAACUGGAAUUAACAGGUUUGAUAACAUGUUUUAAUGUUUAUUAAUACAGGACCAAACAAGAACAGAAAUUUAGGAUUUUUGCUCAGGUUGUAAAUGAUGCAUUUUUGUAACAUAUAUUUGAAAGGCCUUUGAAUGCAUGUUUUGAAUGAAUAUUUAUGUAUCCACUCUACUUUGUUAACCAUAACAAGCUGUGUAUGAAAAACAGAACAAUGUGACAUCCUUUAUAAUACACAAGUUGAACGUACGCAUUGGUAUGCAAAAAAUGAUGUCUCUAUGUAAACUGGUGACUGGUGGUAGUUAUACAGAAUGAUCUUUUUACAAGACAAAACUAUCAUAAUCGUUAAACUUUCAUAAUCAUUGUUAAACAGAUUCAUAAUCCGAGCCAUAAUAUACCAUUAUUGAUUAAUGAAAUAUAAUUAAUCCUUGCAAAAUGUAACAAUAGGCCUGCAAUGUUGGAAUGGAUCUCUUAAUGUGUAACUGAAUUAUGAAAAAUAAUGUUUUAAAAACAGUUUUACUUGUUGUAGUAAAACCUUUGACUUGGAUAAAGUUUGGGAUGUGUGAAGCAAUUACACAGUCGUAUCCUUUUAUUUAUGUAUAGAAUUUUGUAGGUUUGCCAUAAUUGAGAGGAAGGCAGAUGAAACUCAAGCUCUUAUCACAUUAUUGUAACAUUUCAUUUUUCUGGAUUUAUCCAGAAUGCCAGAUUUUUUAUUGUCUGUUUAAUGUUGCCAGGUUUUCUGUUAUUUGUUAUAUUUUCUGUCCAAAAUAUAAGAUUUGUUUUGGGUAAUACAUUGCAUACAUUCUGAAUGGGGCUGCCAGUUUAGAUUAUUGUGCAACCCUAACCAUAGGGCCAAUCUUAGUAUCUGACCAUCACUAUUAUAUUAUUUUAAUUUUUUUUUUUCAUAACUCACUUUCAUCUCUGAUUAACUUAUUUCUGUACUUAUAUCAAAUUAAGAUUCAAGCACAUUAUCCUGGGCAUACAACUCUGCUAUCUGGGGUUGUCUGUCCAGGACAGUGAGUUAAUGGUUAGUUACUAUAACAAUUCUCUGACAGGUCAUAGUUAAAGCUGAAUAUUCAUCACUGUUGAGAGUUUGUACCAACUGUGCUGGUGUCCCAGUCUGGGCGAUGUACCAGUUAUAGUACAAUAUAUUAAAGAAAACGAAUAGCCUCUGUGAUGGCAACAUAUUCCUUUUUUUUACCAGGUAAUGUGCCAUAUUAAUUAUCAUAUUAACCCUUACUUAUACGAGUGCUGGGCUGUUCUUUGAUAAACAUUCCUUUCCAAUACAGUUGUAGUGAGUGUCUCGAACUAGAAAUUUAAAAGAAAUCCAAAAUCAUCCAUUGUACUGACUGUGACAUAGAAAUGUCUCCACAAAGCAGAAAAUCAAAUAUACGGGUGUAGGAAUCUGUCAGAAAGUGUGUGUGUGUGUGUGUGUGUGUGUGUGUGUGUGUGUGUGUGUGUGUGUGUGUGUGUGUGUGUGUGUGUGUGUGUGUGUGUGUGUGUGUG